AUGGCCCCUCCAUCUUCCGACACACCAAAUGCCCAGAAGGAGUCCUCGGACCAAUCAGUGGGGUUUGGCAUCUUCAAGUCAUUAACACGGUCUUUAAGAUCUGGGAGGAGCAACCGAACACUGCCGGUCAGUGUUAAUCCGACCAUUGUUGGUGGAGAUGCUACCCAAUCCAAGCUGCUGGAGUCUCUGAAAAACCCCAAGCUAUCGGACUCAAACAAGGUUUCUCACAUUCGCGAUCUGGACCAAAACCUCAAAACAUUCACCAUAUCAUCUGUGCCUGAGAUUUGGUACCAGCUAAAGUCAUUUUUGAAUGACGGUUCCAGUGAAGUGCGGCGUCAGGCACUUCAUCUGCUGAAUACAUGUGUAUCGCUAAGUGAUCACGCAGUGCCGACAAAACUGUCAUAUUAUGAUGACAUUAUCAAUACAUGCAAGGUUGAUAUGACUAAAAUGGAACUUGACGAUGAUUUGGGGUUAUUCCUGGAUGUUCUGGUCCACUUGACAAGAGAGGGCCAGGACGUGUACGAGCUGUGGGUGUAUUCUAAAAGACCGCUCGGCAAACUGUUGGUAGAGAUGCUCACGAUAAUCCAACAGAAGCUUCAGGACUCGAAGCCACAACCACAAGAACUGAAUGGAACUAUAACCAAGCUGGUGGACUUCUUGGCUAGUAUUUUGGAGUUCAAUUACAACAUCUUAGAGGAGGAAGAGGUGCUCAGAGUGCUACCGCUAGUUCUGAAAAUCGCCAAUAGUACAAUCGAAAGAACCACUUUGGCCUCUGCACUUGGCUUUGUUGAUGCACUGGUUUUAUAUGGGACACUCCCCAUGGAGAGUUUGUAUGAUGUGAUGGAGAUAUUAUCUGGAGCAUGCACCGUGAGCAAGUCUUCUGGCUUGGAAUUCGACAAAAUCGCGUGGAACAUACUGGGAGACCUUUCAAAGACAACGAAUCCAUCACUGGUGGUGUAUCAACUGUGUCAGGUGUUAGAAACUGCUAGUGGAAUUGGAAUAUUGACUGGAGCUAUCAGGAUCCUAGCCAAGAUGACGGAGAUGGAUGUGGUUCAAGCGAUGUUCACUUUUGCGCCAAAAAUGAUGGACUCACUAACGAUCGCACUUUCCAGAAACCCCAAGCUGAAUGAUGAGAUAAUGAAUUUCCUGAAAUUGCUGUUUGAGAGCGAGAAAUACCGUCUCAUGGUGUCUUUAGAUUUCAUGUUGGAUGACCGAUCCAAGAUCUGGAAGUUGCUCAAAGAGGUCCAAAAACACGAGGGAAAUCGGGAAAUUGUUGAUCCACUUUUGAAAUCCUUGCAGAAGCUUUUUUUAGAGAAAGAGACAGAGGGAUUGUCGCUUCAACCACUGGUGGAAUUCUUCAAUCAACAGUCAAAAUUGAACCCACAAAAUGCCAAAUUCGUCCUUGAAACUUACCGAAAAGACUUGAGCUGCUUGACCAUCAACACUCAGUGGUAUGAAAAUUGCGAUUUUCUGCUCUCCAGAUACACCCAGAGGGUGUUUGGGGCUGAUAUUCGUCGUCAAUGCCUUGAAACCGUAGUUGAAGGUUUGACUGCAUCAUUGUCACUGGGGCCGGACCUCGAACAGCAAAGAGUUAUUGAUCUUUUUAUGAGCCACUGGGAUGUCAUAUUUGAUGAUGGAGAUACUAUCAUGGAAAUGGGAAAGAUUGUACUGGUUGAUCUAUGGGUAGCUCUCGACGAAGACAUCUUUAACGAGGCCAUAAAGGCCGUAUUUGAACGGUUGCCAACAUCACAAUACUCCGUCGAGCUCGCCAAGCUCUUGAUAGAAACCAUGCUACACUUGAGUAUUUCUGCGACCACACGUUCCAAGAUGAAGAUGUUUAUUUGUGGAUUCUUGCGGACGCUCGACCAUGCAUUGACCACCUCGCACUGGCAGUUGUACCUGACGGUAUCCAGAUUAAUGGUUAGACUGAGGAUAAACGAGAGAGCUCUUUAUUUCACAAAUCCACAGGAUCUUGAGGGAUUGAGUGACACUAUGGGUCGGCUCGUCCUGAAUAGACCAUUGGAAACAGCCGUGGAUUGGAGCUACCCGGAAGAACUCUCGUACAUCCCCGAAAAAUACCUGGAUAAUCCGGAAUCUGUUGUGGAGACUCUGAAUUUUUCCGAAGAGAUAAGAAGCUGGUUUCACAUAGUUAACAGUGUGUUCUCCAAGUUCUAUGAUUGGGAGGUGUAUUCGUUCACAUGGUGCCAUUUUUGUCCGCAAUUGGCCAAUAUCGAUCUGUUUCUUGAGUGCAAAGAAGAGAUUGCGGAGCUCAUGAAGACCUCUUGUGAUAACCUGCAACUCAAAUUCCCCGCAGAGUUGAAGCUUCCUCCGCACAUACAGAGGUCGAAUGUUCAGGUUGCUGUGGUCAGGACAUUUUCAGCUCUGAUUGGCUACCGCUCGUAUUUCAGCAGACAUGAAGAGGACAUGAUCAUUGGGUCAAUGAUUUCGGGACUGAACUCAUGGGAGAAAACAGGAAUCCCAUGUAUCAAUUUUCUCACCAUUGCAUGUUACGAAUUUCCAUUGUCAGUUAAAAAGUAUCUGGCAAUGAUCCUAACCAAUCUUCAAAUCCGAAUCUCAAGUUCAUUCGCGAGUCCUCACAUUCUUGAGUUUCUCAAUUCGCUAUCGCAAACGCCUGAUCUGAUUUUGGACUUCACGCUUGACGAGUUCAAAAGGGUAUUUGCCAUUGCCUUCAAAUAUAUCCAGUACUCUCACGAUUCGAACUCAAAGGUUCGGAAACGGGCUUCAGUGGACUUUGGUAGUUUUUCCGAGGCUACUGAUCACGUUCCUUCUACCAGCACCACCGAGAUGACAACCGAGCUAUCGCAAUAUCUCUCCAGUCUCUCAUAUGGAGUCAUCUGUAAAUGGUUUUUGAAACUUGGACUGGACCAGCGCCGGUCGUUGGCAGGUUUCAUAGUGCGGAAUCUGAUUCUUUCGUCUCCGUCGACAGCAUUGGACGACCAGACUCUGGCAUACAUUGACCUCAUUUCCAAGUCUACUUUUUCCGAGUUCGAUUUCAAAGCGAGCAAGAUUGAACGGGUUGAAUCCCCAGAUGUUGACACCAAACGUUGGAUCCAUGGACUUGGAAUUCUAACAAUCAAAACCAACCGUUAUACAGGUGCAAGUUGGAUCUCAAUGAGACGGCCAACGGGAUCUGUUCAAUUCAAAGUUGAUCUGGUCAGAGACAGGGAAUCACACACGGUGUUUUCGCCCAACUUUUUGCUGCUACAGCUGGUUGUUCCAAUGACAUCAAAGCUUGCAACAAAGCCUGUCCCUCUGGUAUCAGAUGUGGCUACACUAAGGAGCAUCGGAAACUUCGACCGCAUACCAGUAGUAGAUUUCUACAAGGUGGGUGUCAUUUAUGCUGGUUUGGGCCAACGUGAUGAGACGCAGAUGCUGGCCAAUCGGAGUGGAUCUAAGAGAUACCAUUCCUUCUUGAAUGGACUCGGAGAUGUGGUGAGACUAAAGGGUUACACUUUCCCUUCUGGGGGACUCGAUACUGAGAACGAUGACGACGGAGAAUUUGCAUUGGCAUAUUCUGCUCCAGCUGUCCAGAUGAUAUAUCACACGACUACAAUGAUGCCAAAUGACGACCAAGACCCUUUUUUUAACCGGAAAAAGCGCCAUGUGGGCAACGAUUUCGUUUGCGUGUAUUACAACGAUUCUGGUGCUCCAUUGUCGGAGCUAGGUUUGCUUAAGACUCAAUUCAACUUCAUCAACAUCGUGGUGGAGCCUUGCGGACAAGACCAUUACCGUGUCAAGCUUUACAGACGUCAUGGACUUCCACCGUUAUUUGCGGUCUCGCAUUUCAAAAUCGUGAGUGCUGAGAAACUUCCCACAUUGGUUACCCAUUUCGCCAUUCUGGCCAGCGAGUUUGCCCAUGUCUGGAAUGCCAGGGGAGAGUAUGUUUCCAACUGGAGCCACCGUGUGCGUCAGAUACGCAAUAUUAUGCUCAAGAACUCCGUUCCGGAGCCAGAUCUUGCACCGGAGGGAGUUCUCGACAGUCUUGAGUUCGAUUCUAUCACAGGUUGA